CUUGCCAUAAUACGAUUGAUCAUCAAAAGUAGAGGUUCACUAAUUUUUUUUUAUCGAUAAUGGAAGCUGAAAAGACUGCUAUGGCGGAAUUGGAUAGGAGCCCAGCUCCAAUGGAAUACAAGGAUAUGUCAUUUUGUCAACGAGUCAAAUAUGUCAAGAGCCACGUAACUGUAGAAGUCACUGGAUUUUUAGUCAUUUUUGCGAAUAUUCUACAAGGAGUGGCCCAGCAAACCCUGGGAUUACAAAAAGCAUGCCGAGUAAAUUUAGGAUUGGACGACGCGAUCUGCGAUGCACUCCGAGCCCAGAAUGGAACAGAAGAUUUAUUACCUUAUGAGAGAAUGGUCCAGGAGCUAUAUGCAUCACAAAUAACAUGGAGAAGCAUUGUGCAAACGUCACUCUCUUGUAUAGUUGUCAUAUUUGUCGGUGGAUGGAGUGAUGCGACCGGCAGAAGGAAAGCGAUAAUGCUGGCUUGCCUUUCUGGUGAAAUAGCACAUACGUUGAACAACAUAAUUAAUGUGAUAUUUUUUAAUCAAAUCCGUCUGGAAAUUUACAUGUUUUUUGAAGUAUUCUGUCUUAGUAUUUUCGGAGGCAGUGGUGUGAUGUUCCUGGCAUUGUUAAACUACAUGUGCGAUAUCACGACAUCUGAAAAUAGAACACACAGAAUGGGUUUUGUGAACUUAGCAACGUUUGCCAGUAUGCCGUUGGGCUUAUCCGUAUCGGGUAUUAUUUUAAGCUAUGGGGGAUAUUAUGCUAUAUUCAUACCGGCACUAGUUCUGCACCUUUUAAAUUUGUUUUAUCUUAUAUUUUACAUAUCUGACCAAGGCAGAACCGAAGAACAUAAAAAGCACGACGGUAAAGGGGUGUUUUACUUCUUGAGGACUUUCUUCAACUUUGGGACUGUCAAAGAAAUUUUUGCCAUCGUCUGGAAAAAAACAGAAAAUAACAGGAGGAAAACACUGCUGAUAUUAAUUGGUACUAUAACAUUUGUGUACGGACCUUUCAUUGGGGAAAUGACAACUUUAUAUAUGGCGACCAGAUAUCGUUUUAACUGGGAUGAAGUACAGUUCAGCCUCUUCCAGACAUACAACUUCCUCAUAAGUGUAACGGGUACUUUGAUAUCUUUGUUGCUGUUCAGCAAAUAUCUGAAGUGGGACGACAGCGUAUUGGGAAUAACAGCUACUACCAGCAAGAUUCUAGCAGCGUUUGUGUUUUGUUUCGCUCCAAACACAGGCAUUUUCUAUCUGGGUUCUCUUGUUGAUAUAUUAAGCGGUGCAUUGUUACCAGUAUUGGCGAUUAGAACAAUUUACACAAAACUAUUGACCCCGGAUGAAAUAGGCAAGACGACGUCACUAUUUGUUUUGUUAGAAAACCUGACGCCAGUGAUGUAUGUCCCGAUUUACAUUAAAAUCUAUACUUCCACCAUGGACACGCUGCCAGGAGCUGUUUAUCUAUUCGGAGCCGCCGUGACAGUACCAGGACUACUAGCAUUCUUAUAUCUUUUCGCCAUGCACAGAAUAAGUUUGAAGAAAAAGGCAAUGCCGUAAACCACGGAAUAUCACGGAAACUCAUCAAGCGCAGGCUGCAAAGAUAAAUAUUUAUGCAUAUUAACUUCAUCAAGCAGAUACAUCUAUUUACUCAAUAUCAGCCCGACGUCUGGAAUUUGUACCCGAUAUUGUAAUACUCACCCUCUAUUACGUCAUAGGACGGAAUACACACGGCGAGAAGUGACUGUACUAAUUGCGCCACUGCCUACUCAGAGAUAAAAUGGGUAAAUGUGUGUAUAAAACAUUAAUAAUAAUAAUAAUAAUA